AUGUUCGCCUUGGUUCAGCACUUGGACGAGCUCCGAGAAACGGAGCUGAUGGCUCCUCGAAACCUUCCUCCCCUCCACAACCAGAACUGCAACAUGGGCCCUCUUUGCGACUCGAUCUGGGACCCAACCUUCACUCCUUCUCCUGAGAGAGAUAUCAUUUGCGGGCUGAUAGACUUGUGUUUGCAAGUGUAUGCGAUAUUUUGGUACGAGGAUUAUGGUACUGUUGUAGGAUCUCUCUCCCAGUCUAGACUUUCAGCCUUCUCAGGGUUAGACUGCGCGACGAGUCAUCGGAGGCUUCUGAUCGCAUUCGUUUCUGAGGCCAUGCUUCCGAGGAGGAAAACUGCGCAUCGCGUAUGGUCAGCUGUCAAUUGCCAGAUGAGGACGAAACCGUGA